GCUUUGCACCGAAGAGGCCAUGUGGUUGAGCUGGCACUGCUGACACUGGCCGUGUUGCUGCUGCUGAUCUACCUGCACUUGAAGAAGCUCCUGGAAGUGCAGGAGGUGAUGAAGGACUGCUUGGUCUCCAGCAAGGUCCUGUUGGAGAUGAUGGCGCGCCCACAAGUGAUGCUGACAGAAGAGGAAUUG